CCGGCGCCCGGCGCGGGCUGGCUCCCGGCGGGCGGCGCUGCUGCGUUGCUCUGGGAGGCGCCGCGGGGCCGGGCGCGGAGCUGCGGGAUCGGGGGUGUGAGCGGCCGGGCAGGGCGCCCCCAGGAUGCUGCGGUUCCUGCGCAGGACCUUUGGCCGGCGCUCGAUGCAGCGCUACGGGCGAGGAGCCGGGCGCGGGGCCGGGCGAGGUGGGCUCGGCGGCGAGGGGGACGAGCGGGACGGGGGGCUGCGAGGAGCCGCCGCCGCCGCCGUCGGCUCGGGAGGCUUCCCCUCCUCGCCGCACCCCGGAGGGGUCGUGCACAGCGCCGGAGCCCCCGUCCACAUCCCGGCGGCCGGCGGCAGCAAGCCGGUGCUGCAGUGCCGCGUCCUUCUUCUGGACGGGACCGAAGUCAACGUGGAGCUGCCGAAAAAUGCAAAGGGACAGGAGUUGUUUGACCAGAUUGUGUAUCAUUUGGACCUUGUGGAAACUGAUUACUUUGGUCUGCAAUUCAUGGAUGCUUCCCAAGUUACACACUGGUUGGAUCAUUCAAAAUUCAUUAAGAAGCAAAUAAAAAUUGGACCUCCGUACACGUUGCAUUUUCGUAUUAAGUACUAUUCAUCAGAACCGAACAACCUUCAUGAAGAGUUUACAAGGUACCUGUUUGUAUUACAGCUCCGGCAAGACAUUCUUUCAGGGAAACUGAAAUGCCCGUAUGAAACUGCUGUUGAACUAGCAGCUCUGUGUCUUCAAGCUGAGCUGGGAGAGUGUGAGCACCCUGAGCACACACCAGAGCUUGUGUCUGAAUUCAGGUUUGCACCAAACCAGACUGAAGCGAUGGAAUUUGACAUUUUUCAGAAAUGGAAGGAGUGCAGGGGAAAGAGCCCGGCGCAGGCUGAAUUGUGCUACUUGAACAAAGCUAAAUGGCUAGAAAUGUAUGGUGUAGAUAUGCAUGUAGUUAAGGGAAGAGAUGGUUGCGAAUAUGCUCUUGGACUGACACCAACAGGCAUAUUGAUCUUUGAAGGAGCCAACAAAAUAGGCUUAUUUUUUUGGCCUAAAAUCACAAAAAUGGACUUUAAAAAGAGCAAACUAACACUUGUGGUUGUAGAAGAUGAUGAACAGGGCAGAGAGCAAGAGCACACAUUUGUUUUCCGGUUAGACAGUGCCAAAACGUGCAAACAUUUGUGGAAGUGUGCAGUGGAGCACCAUGCUUUCUUCAGAUUGCGAGCCCCAGCAAAUAGUAAAUCUAGUAGAUCCGACUUCAUAAGGCUGGGAUCACGCUUCAGAUUCAGUGGGCGGACAGAAUAUCAAGCAACACAUGGGACAAGAUUACGCAGAACUAGCACAUUUGAAAGAAGGCCCAGCAAGCGAUAUCCUUCUCGAAGGCAUUCAACCUUUAAGACAAACAAUCCUGUGAAAGCAGCACAACUGUGUGCUAAAAAUACUCCUGAAGUCCAUAACUAUCAGCCACAGUAUCAUCCUAAUAUACAUCCUGCUCAGCCACACUGGCAUCCACACACACCUGUGAAUGUAAGCUAUCCCUUGAACAACAGUGAUCUGCACCAGUUCAACAUUGAGGAGAAUGGUGGAACACCAUAUACCACAAAAAUGCCUGCAAGGCACCACCACCACCAUCGUCAUCACCACCACCAUGCGAAUUACAGCGCCCUUGCUCCCGACAGCAAGGACAUUGUUUCUGGAGUUCCAAACCCAACCAGCAUCUUUUUAGAACUGAGCUCAGGACUUCCCCUUCUUUAUGAUGAAACUUCUCAUCUGAAGAAAAUAGAAACAGAGAGUGUGAAGGUAGUUGGACCAUGGCCAGCCCUCCACGUCGGCAUGAACAAGGGUGAAGACAAGAAGGUAUCUGAAAAGAUUCUUCAUGCCCCUGUGUCACCUUCAUCUGCACCUGACCAUAUGAAGUGCAACAUCCUCAAAGCUCAAGUGGAAGCUGCUUUUAGAGUAGGUGCCCAGGCUGUGAAAGAAGAGACCUCUUUUGUAAAUCCCAGUAAGACCUCCAGCCUGCAGGACCCUAAUGUAAGAAGUCCAGCUCCAGUAAGACCUGAAACUACACCAUCAACUGGCCCUACAGAAAAGCAGGAGGUUAAAGCUCCUCGUGUGAGGAAGUUAACGAGGCAGUACAGUUUUGAUGAAGAUGACCUUCCUCCAGCACUGGCAGCAGCAGCAGCAGCAUCAACACCUGUAUCUUCAGCAUCUCCUGGGUCACAGAAAACAUGUACACCACAGACGUCAGAAGGACAAACACAGGUUUCGCCUGGUGGCAAGAGUUCCACAGAUGCUGGAAGUACAUUUGCUUUGGAGCCAGGUGACCUCCUGAUGGAUUUCACAGAGGCCACACCAAUGAUAAAGACAUUCCCUGCUGAUACAUCUAAUCCUUUUUUCGAUCCUUUUACAACAGUACCACAGUUUUCUGCAGAAUUUGCAGACAGCAAAAUGCAAUGCUGUGCAGUGCAGUCAUCACCUAAGAUAACUCUGGUAACUCCAUCGCCUGUACUGAGGUCUUUGGCAGAGACUGUACCAACUCCAACAGUCCAGACAGUAUAUACGUCACAUAAACCGAUUUCGCUGGCAGACAGCGCUGAGACUCUGAGGCGUGAACUUGAGAGAGAGAAAAUGAUGAAAAGACUCUUGAUGACAGAAUUAUGAAAUUCGCACUUCCGUCAGAUGGAGAAUGGAUUGGGGCCUUUCAUGUGCCUUCUGUCUGUUUACAUUCCUCUGCUUCUGUGUACUCAACAUAACGCAUCGGGAAAAUGUGUGAUAUUCCUGGCUCGCCUGGAUUCACCACGGUUGGUUAAAAUUACGUCUCAGCUAGACUUUAAUUUGAAGGAGUUCCUUUAUUCAUUUGCUGCUGGGAAAUAAACCUUCAAUCCUUUAUCUCUCCUGAGAUUUUAUACUAUUAACACAAUUAAUUUCUGGUUUGGUUUUGGUAAAUCUAGGGCAAAAAAGGAUCAGCAAGGAACAUACUGAUUUCUAUUGGGAAACACUGUUCUGUACAUAUGUUAAUAAGUGCACAGAAAUUAAUGUUAUGCAGAAUAUUUUGAUAGUAACAUAGAAAAUAUGUCAUUUUGUACAACUGAAAAUUGCAAUGAGCUACUGCUAUUUGUUAAAGAACCAUUUUUAAAGCAGAAGAAUGAUUAUUACAUCCUAACCCCAGGACUGUUAGUCUCCACAGAAUAAACGGCUGUCUUAUUAAAUUCCUAACCUUAACCUUCACUCAGAGAUAUAAAUAGCUGCAAAGGGGAAAGACACCCCACCAUACAGAUAUACACACCCAAUACUCCCUAUAGUUUGUCAUGUUGACCUAAACCUUCAACUCAAUCUUAACGUAUUUCCAUUAAUGAAAAAAAAAUCAGUUGUUUAAAGCAAUUUGCUACUGACUUUCUAGCUUGGUACUGACUUUUUUUAAGUAAGUGAGGAGUUUUACCUUCUCCAAUCUGCCUAGGCAUUAGGGCUUGCCCACGCUCAGACAUCUUCUGCCCCAGCACUGAAGGUUGCAGAGCCUCAGCGGUGUGGACGUAACUCACACAGGGAGAAUUUUUUCCCUCCCAGGUAAAUAAACCACCUUCCUGACUGACAUGAAUUGAUCGAUCACUUUAAAGAAAAAGAACAAUGAUAGUUUACGGCAUAGCUUGCCUAUACCCAUUUUUUUUGCUCUGGUAAUCAGCACAUAUGUCCUGGCAAACCUUUGGAGGGUACACCUGGCUAUACAUCCCCUUCACCUCUGACACGCAAAUAGCCUCUACGUCCAGUGGAGCUAUCUCAGGCAUGAGGUGGGGUGGGUGGUCCAGCACUAGCAGACCUGCAGCCGCAGGGAGGGAGUUUAUGGUAUACAGGUAAUGCUACCAACUAUUUCCUAGGGAAAAAAAAAAAGAAGUUCUCUGUUUCCCCUUGUUCAGUAGUGCAGGGUCAUCUAGAAAACUAACAUCUGACUGUCAGCUAUAAGGUACUCUUUCAACGGGAAAGCUUUUAUGCAUUUUGUAUGGCUGAAGAUGUAUAUUUUUCUCUUGCUCUGUACACUAUGUUCUCUUGUUUGUAUUAAGAUAAAAGAUUGCCCCUCAUUUGGUACUGAUUACGAUGACUUUAUCUUAGCUUAAGCAGUUUGUUUGUGUGGAGGCCAGAAAGUGAUUGCUGUGAGACUGGGUUUCCUUCAGAAUUGCUGUUUUUCUAAAAUGAGAGUUAUGGAGAGCUUCACAGGACUGUGGAUUGCGAUGUGAAGGUAUAAAAUGACUUGCCUAUUUUAUGUUUAGUGGGACAAGAAAUUAGCAUUAGGCUUCCCAUUUAAAUCCACCAACCCCAAAACUUUCUGUUUGCCAUAAAUUUGUUAAAAAUACUCAGCACAAGUGUUAGGUAGAAAAUCACAGUACAAAUUUAAUCAAGUGGCUCAACAUAGGCAGUGGGCAGAAGGAGCCACAGAAAGAAACCUGAACUGCAGAUUUUAGAACACUACAGUGACUUUUCUGGGUAAUCAGAUAUGACUUGUAUGCUGUCCACCCUCUAGUUACAGUGCCAGGACACUUCUGUUCCUCAUGUUUUAAUGCACCACGCCAUCAGUCCAAGGUUCUUAAAAAUUGAUUAGGAACAUUAAAUCCCUGUGAGGAAAUCAGAAGGGAGGGGGGAAUUAAUAGACAUAAAAGACUUCAGCUUCCAUGUCCUGUUACUCUUUUCUCACCACUUCUCAAAGGGGUUGGUGAAGGAAAAGCAGCAGCACAUUUUGCCUUUGUCCAAGGGAGAGUGAGCAUUCUGAAGAACAAAUAAAAGAAAAUUGUAAUUAGAGAUGCUGGUUUGGGAGAGGAAAACAAAGAAGGUUGAGAACGUCACAGUGCUGACUCUAGCUGAAUCUGGUCUUUUGCCUGUUAGGCAAUCUCUGGUUGUGUUUGAACUGGCAACAGUUUCACAAAGUCAUUGUCAAGGAAAACCAGAAAAGAACAGAUCUGAACAUACCCUUCAGUCAUACUGAUUGCCGUGGAGUGGACUUUCUGAACCCCACAAUAUGCCUUCAGGUUUGGGGGCAAAACAAAUCCAGUUACCCGUGUUAGGACAGUCUGGUCACAUAAACAAAAGCAAAACUGAAUAGCUGAUUCAGACCAGCCCAUCAGAUGUUCUGGCUCAUAAACAGUCUAUUAGUUUAUUAGUUUAAAUGCAACAAUUUUGCUUCCCUUGUACAAAAAUUCUUCAGCUGAAAUAGCCAGAACUGGAAAACAAAAAACGUGAACCAAGGUUACUUUACAUGGCUGUCUUUAUAGCUGAGGCAUGCUCUGGGAUAGCUAAGGAAGAACAGGGACUCCUCCUUCUUUGGUUCCCACCAGGAGAAGAGGGACAGGCUCAUGUGGCUGCUUAGUUUCUGUGGGACGUUUUCUACAGAACAACCCCAAGUACGUUGCCUUGUCAUGUUUUAGUGUCUUAUCCACUGGCUGCCACCAUUUCCUAUUCAGCAGUCUAAUGGAACUUUAUUAAAACUGUUUUACUGAUAACAAACUAAACUUUUAACUGUGGAAUGUCAUCACCUUGUUUUUUCUUACUGUGUACCUUCUUCAGCCAUGCUUCAGCGUCUCAGUUUUCACAUCCUCUGAAGAAACACUCCUGCCUCAUCUCCAGUUGGGAAUUACAGUGUUACAACACCUGUUACCCAAAGCUACUGUAAACAAGACAAUGCCAACAUGAACAUAUUGCAGAGGGGCAGAUAGUCUAGAUUUGCCCCUACAAUUUAACUUUACAGGUGUUAAAGGAUACUCUGCCCGAGGGUAUGUCUAUAUAAUAGUGCAGAAGUAUCUGAGCUAGCUUUAAUGAGCUUGCAUAUGUAGUUGUGGCAGCAUGAAGCCCAGCACAGGCUAUCAUUAUCAUGUACAUUGACAUGUGUAAAGAUAAUGCAUUUGAACAGCAGCCUUCUGAAGCAUGAUCUCCAGAGUUGGUGAUAGGAAAGGGUAGCUGAAAGGAGUUUGUCUCUUCAGCUGUCCUGGGACAGGGUUCAUCUCAUCUAACAUUAAAAUGCCCAGCUCUCACCUGAUGAGAGAUCAAAGGAACUGUCUUCCGGAGGUGCCUCUGACUUAAAUGUCUACCUUUAUAUUGAUUAAAGUUACAUGAGAUGAAUCCUGCUUUCUGUCCCGCUGAUUAGGCCUACAUUGCAAACCCUUGCUGACACAGCUGCAUCAUUCAGGGUUGAGCUUUGAAGUAUAAUUUGUGAUCGACAUAGCUCUGCCAGCAAAAGCCUUGCGCGUUAGGUGUAAAUAUACUACCAGAAAUAUCCUGUUUUCAGAACAGCUUUUAUCCCUUAUGGGAAGACAGAAUGCUGGGGUAACAACUUGCAGUGGCAUAAGCACAGAGGCUUCCCUAGAGUUGUGACCCAUCUGGGGGUAGUUGGUUGAUGAAACCUCCUGCUACAGCCAUGCUGACAAAGCCUAUCAGAGGUGGCCCUGGCUUUUAACAGUGCCCCAGGUGGUGCUCUGACCCAGUCAACAGAUCCCAGCUUUUCAGCGUGAAGUCUCUAGGUGGCAGAAUGCAAUGUUGUCAUGUUUGGGUGAUUCCAGCAAAAUUUAUUGGCCAUUUAAAUAGCUAUGCAAGGAGUUAAAUAUUUUCUCAUAUUGCAGCCUCUUAUGGAAGCCAACCAAUUGUGCUUUUUUUUGCGUGUUUCAGCUGUUUUCACUGUUUUGUUUUAAAAGGAGUAACUGGGUUUUUCUUUAGAAAUGUUAUUUGAGAUUCCACACCUCUCUCAGAUCCCAUGGUAUGUGCAGAUUUUUCAUGUUUCAUAGACCCUGGAAGUGCAAAAUUUGAAAAUUAACUCCUCCAAGGUUUCUGUUCGUGGCUUCAAUACUCUCUUGCAACAGGAUGCCUACGUGCCCAUUUGAAACAGAGCUGGCAAUGCAGUGAAAUGUUUCAUUGGAGGUAGUAUCAUGUUUUGUUUGAACUGUUCACAAAUAGCUUUUGGUUUUAUUUAUUUAUUUUUUCCAAAUACAUUUCUGGUUCAUUUGCUACAAAAACCUACUUGUAAUUUUGCAAUGGGAUUUUUCUUUUUUUUUUUCCUUUUUUUUUCUUUUUUUUUUUUUUUAAUGUCCUGAUGUUCAAGGAGUUUGCAAUAAAUAUACUGAGACUGAUCUGUAAUUGCAUGUAAGAUUAGCCUCACAACUGUGUUUUGUAAAGUUAAGUGCCGUAAAAGAAGCUGUAGAUGACAUGGAGAAGGAGGGAAGAUGAUAGAGAGUAAGUGGAGGAGAAGGCUUCUUUGGCAGCUGCAGCUUUGACUGGUGGGUAGCAGCUUUAGCGUAAGACUGCUCAAACCAUUUUGUUUCAUUGAGUAGCAGCGUGUAUCAUCAGACAGUGUUUGAUGGCAUUUUGUUGAAAACCUGCCUAAAGAGAAACUUUUACGGCUCAGCUGUUUACCUGUUCCUGUAUUCAUGCCUGCAAUAAAUGAGAUGAAAAAUAAA